AUGGCCAGUCUCGUCACUCAACUGCAAGUCCUUGCUCAGGAGAGCGGAUGUUUCCUCGACAUCUCCGCCCUCAUCGACCUGAGCGUCUGCCCCAACAUCAACAUCAAGGCCGACAAGCCCAAGGUCGUGAACGUCAAGGAAGACGGCCACAUCUGCAUCACCCCCACCACAGGUGGAAAUAACGGAAACAAUGGCGGCAACCCCAACCCUGGAAACAACGGCGGCAACCCCAACCCGGGCAACAACGGCGGUAACAACGGCAACCCCAAUCCUGGAAACAACGGCGGUAACAACGGCAACCCCAAUCCUGGAAACAACGGCGGUAACAACGGCGGCAAUCCCAACCCAGGUGACAACAAGCCGGACCCCAACCAGAACGGCAACACCAACAACCCCAACCCAGGAAACAAUGGUGGUAACAACGGAAGCAACAACGGUAACCCCAACCCGGGAAACAACGGUGGUAACAACGGCGGCAACCCCAACCCCGGUGACAACGGCAACAAUGGCGGUAACAACGGGGGUAACAACGGCAAUCCUAACCCGGGCAACAAUGGUGGUAACAACGGCGGAAACCCCAACCCGGGAAACAACGGCAACGGCGGUAACCCCAACCCAGGAAACAACGGCGGUAACAACGGGGGUAACAGCGGCAAUCCUAACCCGGGCAACAAUGGUGGUAACAACGGCGGAAACCCCAACCCGGGCAACAACGGCGGUAACAACGGAGGAAACAACGGAAACCCCAACCCUGGGAACAACGGUGGUAACAACGGCGGCAACCCAAACCCCGGUAACAACGGCAAUGGUGGUAAUCCCAACCCAGGAAACAACGGCGGUAACAACGGAGGCAACAACGGAAACCCCAACCCUGGAAACAACGGUGGUAACAACGGAGGCAACCCCAACCCAGGGAACGGUGGUGACAAGCCCGAUCCUAACCAGGGCGGCAACAAUGGCAACCCUAAGCCCGGUGACAACGGCAAUGGCGGGAACCCCAAGCCAGGAGACGGUGGUAACAAGCCCGAUCCUAACCAGGGCGGCAACAAUGGCAACCCCAACACCGGCAACCCUGGCCAGUGCCCCACGAACACCUGCUUCGAAGUCCCCGAUCAGGUCUGCGAGAAGCCCCUCGUUGCCCUCGAUCUCGACAUCCUCGUUCUCCUUGAUCUCCUCACCGAGGAGGAACUUGAGAAGUACCUCAAGAUCACAGGUGCUCUGCCAAAGGAUGACAAACUCGAAGUCGACAAGAAGCCCGUCGGCGUUGACCCUCUGCUCAGCUUGGGACUUCUCAAUGAAGAUGAAAUCCUUGGCCUGAACCUGGGUGGUGAGAAUGGCCUCCUUAACCUUGGUCUCGGAGGCAAGAACGGUCUUGCCAAGCUUAGCUUGGGCAAGGAUGGAAGCAUCCUUGAUCUAAACCUCCGUAAGCGCCACGACUACGAUGAUCAUUACGAUGGCCUCCUUGACAUUGAUGUCGGUGGAAAGAAAGACGACAAGAAUGCCGCCAUUGAUAUUGAUGUCCUUACACACGAUCGUCGCCACGAUGAAUAUGAUGGCCUCCUUGAUAUCGAUGUUGGUGGACAGAAGGAUGACAAGAACGCCGCCAUUGAUAUUGAUGUCCUUACCCACGAUCGUCGCCACGACCAUGAAUACGAUGGUCUGCUUGAUAUUGAUGUUGGUGGUAAGAAGGACGACAAGAACGCUGCGAUUGAUAUUGAUGUCCUCACUCACGAUCGCCGUAACUGUGGAUCUACCUGCCACGACGGACAGGACUGGCCUCAGAACAGCCAACCUACCAUCCCAUCCACCAAUCCAUCCACCUAUCCUUCGACGAACCCUUCGACGAACCCUGGCAGCAACCCUGGAAGCAACCCUUCCAGGAACCCAUCAUUGCUCGACAUUGACGUUCUCGGCACGAAGGACAAGGAACAGGCUACCAUCGACAUCGACGUUCUUACCCACGAGCGCCGUAGCACACUCUCCACCCGCCAGCACCCCAGGCAACUGCUCGAUUCUCAGGGUCUGCUCGGCAUCCAGGUUGGUGGCAAGAAGGACGAGGAGCAGGACUUGAUUGACAUCGAUGUUGCUACCCACGACCGCCGUGACGGUGGUGACAAGGGACUCCUUGAUGUCGACGUUGGUGGCUACAAGGACGAGCAGCAGUCUACCAUCGACGUUGACAUCCUAACCAAGAACCGCCCCUCCAAGGACCAGCCUACUACCGGUGGAAACCAGCCUACUCCAGGUGGCAACCAGCCUACUCCCGGUGGAAACCAGCCUACCCCCGGUGGAAACAGCGGCAACCUCGACCACUACGAGCCCAUCUGCAAGAAGGCCAUCAAGGACCGUGCCUCUGCCGUUAGGGUCAAGGCCAAGGACGUCAACCACUGCUUGUCCCUAUGCUCUGCCACUGCUGCUCGUGCCACCAUUGCCGCCAACCCCGGGGCCGUCAGUGCUGCCAACAUCAAGGUCUGUGCCGCCAUUGACUUCAACUCCUCCGCUGUGGAUGGCAACAACUGCGCUUUCCUUGUUCGCGGCAAGGACGAGUCUUUGGCCGACACUGAGCUCGUCGAUAACGCCAAGCACGUUGUCUUCCUCCGCAAGUAA